AUGUCCGCAGCAGCUCUGGCCCGCGCCCGGCCAACAGCGACACUUCCCUCCUUCCUCCUCCCCUCCCUCCAGACACACCAGCAAGUGCGCACGGCGGUGCAGUCGGCCAACGCGGCCAAGUACAAGCGCAAAGACCUUCCGGCCUCACAAAAACGACGCAAGGCCAAGUCGACCUACGACACACCCGAUCUUCGCGCAGCAGUGCAAUUCUCCUUGGUCGAUGCCAWGCGCUACCUCCUCGCGGCAGAAGUUGGACGACACCCGCAAUCCAGCAAAUACGAGCUUCACGUCCGUCUAAAGACACCCAAAAACGGCGCCGUCGUCCGCAAUCGACUUCGGCUUCCCCACCCAGUCAAGACAGAUCUCCGCAUUGCCGUCAUCUGUCCGCCAGGCUCUCAGGCCGCCAAGUCCGCGCUUGCUGCGGGCGCUGUCCUCGCCGGCGAAGAUGAAAUAUUCGAACUCGUCAAAGAGGGAAAGAUUGAGUUUGACAGGUGCAUUUGCUUGGCUGACUCGCUUCCAAAACUCAGCAAGGCAGGCAUUGCGCGUGUGCUGGGUCCGCGGGGAUUGAUGCCAUCUGCCAAGACGGGAACCGUGGUCAAGGAUGUGGCAAGCAGCGUCAAGGACAUGGUCGGUGGAAGUGAAUACAGAGAACGUGCGGGUGUUGUGAGAAUGGCCAUCGGACAGCUUGCCUUUCCACCCGAGGCGGUGCAGGCCAACAUCCGUGCAUUCUUGGAGGGCGUUAAAAAGGACAUUGCGGGAUUGAGUGAUCGGAUUGCAAAGGAUGUACAUGAGGUGGUCCUCAGUUCGACGAACGGGCCUGGACUGAGCUUGAAUGGGGAGUUUAGAGGGACAGACAGUCUGCAGAGCAAGGAGUUGGCCACGGUAUAA